AUGAGGUCCGACAAGGUCCAACAACGCAAGGAGGACCGGACGUUGAGCGAGAACAGCCAUGCCAACGCCCAACCACCUCCUCCUUACACGCCUGCGCAGUCUGGGGUUACAGCAGGGUCGUCCACCCAACCACACUUUGCAGCGGCGGCCUCUGCGUCUGACGAUGUUCCGUGGGGCACCCAGGUCAAGGACGGGAAGGUCCAGGUCGAUUGUGAUGAUAUCAGUCCUCCCCAGCCUGCUGGACAGGGUACUGUGAUGCCGGUAGGAGCUGGUGCUAUGGGCCUCGACAACUGCCCUCCCCUGAAUGUGGUGAUGUUCGUCAUUGGAACCAGGGGUGAGCUCUCAUAUCUCUUGCCAAGCUCACAAGCAGGCGACGUGCAGCCGUACAUCGCCCUUGCUCUGCAGCUCAUCGCCAGCAAAGGUCACAGAGUCCGUAUUGCCACGCACGCAGCAUUCGCCGAGCUCGUGACGGAGGCGAGUGUACGUCUGGCUGGGUUGACCGACUCGAAAGGUGUACCGCUCACUGGACACCUGGAGCACUACGACAUUGGCGAUAAGAACCCGUCCAUCGGAACCGCACCACGGGGCGAGCAGAGCAAUCUCGUUGCCAAGCGAAAGAUGACGAGGCAGACGCUCAUGGGAUGCUACCGGGCGUGCUUUAUGCCCUGCGAAAGCACAGGUGUACCGUUUGCUGCAGAUGCCAUCAUCAGCAACCCCGCCGCCUUAGGCAACAUCCAUAUCGCUGAGGCCCUUGGCAUUCCAUUCAAUGCCGUGGACGCCAACAUCAGCGUCCCCCCAUCCGCUAGUGACACUGGCCAACACGCACGGCUCGCAGACCCGGGACAACUACUCCAGCUACAUCAUGGCCGAUAUACUAGGCCAUCAGGGCGCUGGGAGUACCCUGGACAUAUGCUUGGAGCGAAAGUCUUCUACCCAGACCUCAUGAUUGGGGGCGACACAUUGGUGCCGCCCUCAUCCCGGGCCCCUAAGAUCUCCCAAGAACUAUUCGAAUUUUUAAGCGAUGGGCCGUCCCCAAUCUACUUCGGUGCAGACACUAUACUUGCCGCAGUCAAAGAGACGGGCGUCCGCGCUAUCCUUCACUCAACCUGGACCGAGUCAGAGGCACCGUGCGGUGCCGUUUCCAAGGGGGUGUUUAUAGCAACAGCUGGCUGUUCGCCGAGGGCCGGGUAUCGGCCGUCUGCCACCACGGAGGUGAGCUACCAGUGGAGGCCCGCUGACGAUGAAGGAGCCGGCACCACCGCCGCAGGGUUGAAGGAGGGGCUUCCGACCGUCGUAAUCCCAUUUUUUGGCGAUCAAACGAUGUGGGGCAACGCAGUGCAUGCCGCCGGCGCGGGUCCUCGCCCAAUUCCCGCUGAGAGACUAACGGCAUCGCGUCUUGUAGAAGCGAUCAGAGCUGUUCAGUCAACAGAGAUCCGGGCUGGGGCAGUCAGACUCGGUAAGAGGCUCAGCCGUGUGAAUGGUGCCGCCGCAGGCGCGGAGAGCUUCUACCGUCAUCUGCCACUCGGAAACAUGAUUUUGGGGAUCAUACUGAUCAAUUCCGCAGGACCGAUCGAGUACAACACUGCUGGAUACUAUCGCGAUCCACGCGAAUCGCUCGAUGGCACGGGAUCGAGCAUUGGCACGCAAGAAGUGUCUGCUAAAAGCCAGCUCUACGCCCCGGUGUGUAUGAAACCGCAAAUUGUGGUGUGGCUGAUAGCGCAGGCGAAAGACUUUAGCAACUCGCUCAUCGGCAUCCCCAAGGCUUCGUUUGACCUCGUAGGUCAAAUUCAAGAGGGGUUCGACAACGUGCCAGGAUACUUCGGGUCUGAGGUCCGGCGCCGAGGGAAGGUCGACAGUCUACGAAGUGGCGUCAAAGAAGGCGCAAAGGGCUUUGCGUACGGCCUGGCAGAUGGGCUUUCUGGGCUCGUUAUGGAACCCGUGAAGGGGGCAAAGGAGGGGCCGACAGCAGGGCUCUUCCGGUCCGCGCGCAAGACCCUGGCAAGGCAUGGUGCAGUGGAGGCGCGGAGCGUCUUCUGCGAUGCGCGCGAGCAUGCUGCGCACGCAGAGGCUGCAAAACUGGGCACCCAGGACCGCAAGGAGCUUCUUGCGGCCUGGGAGCGCGUCACGGGAAGCUACAGCAUCAAACAGCGCAUGAAGGAGGAGAAACAGCGCCUCGCCUCGCUCGACCAGCACUUCCGCGCCGGAGGGUCUAGUAGCCGUUCUAGCAACGACGGGCCUGAGCGCCGCAGCAGCUGGAGCUCAGACGUCGGGCGCAGGGGGAGUCUCAGCUCGGUCAUGUCACGGAUGAAGGGGAAGGGGAAGGAGAAGCAGCAGUCGGACACGUCGUCGAACGAGACUGCCACUCCGGCACGCUCGGUUCAUUCCCGCACCACGAGCUCGAACAACCCGUACCAGCACGAACGCGAGCAGCGCAUUCCGGGCAGCUACGACUCGUACGUCACCGACGAGAAGUACCCGUCGGGCGCAAGCUCGUCGCAUACCUCGCCCCGCGGCGAGAGCAGCGGUCUGCCCCAGCCACGCCGCGACAGCCGCAUCAGCCUCAACAGCGGCAUGGACGUCGCUCUCGCCGGCACCACAGACAGGUGGUUCGGGAGCACGAGCAGCCUCGGCGGUCUGUCGACGCUGACGGCUUCGGUGACAGGGCGCUCGGGGCGCGAGAUUCGCGAGGACCCGCCUAUCACGCCGGAGGUCCGCGGCCGCGCCCUGCGCAAAGGGAAGGAGAAGGAGAAGCCAUGA